GAUUGCACUUAAACACAAAACAUUAUGGUCCGUGGUAUACUAGUAUUAUGACUCAGGUGCGAUUUAUGACUCUUAUGGCCCUCAAAGCGGAUUGUUUAUCAUAGUUAUUAAGGUAUUAUCAUUUUUAUAUCACGGAGCAACGUCAUUAGUUUGUAUCACAUCUCAAAUAGGGCUUUAGAGUGGGGAUAGCGUUAGACGAAGGCCAAGGACAGUUCCCCUCCUUUCGCCUUGUUGGUUUAAGUUAAAACCAUCUCAAAACUAUACAUUUACAAUGGCGACAACCUCUAACCCAAUUGUCUUUUACGACAUCGCCCAGCGGCCCCCAGUCACGGAGACAUGCUGCGCCGUAAAUCCCUGGAAAUCCAGGCUGGCACUGAACUUCAAGGGCGUUCCCUAUACGACGUCAUGGGUGAGGAUGCCAGAUAUCAGCAAGGUCCGCAGCGGUCUCAAUGUCCCAGCCUGUCGCAAAUUCGCUGACGGCUCCGACUUCAACACCCUUCCCAUCAUCCACGACCCCGCGACCAACACCUUCAAGGGCGACUCCUUCGACAUCGCCGUCUACCUACAGCAAACGUACCCUGACUCUGGUGCCGGUGACCUCUUCCCUGCUCAGAAACUGGACUAUGUUGUUGACCAUAGUCUCACACUGCUCAUACCACUGUCGGAGAUUCGUGGGACAGACCUUGUCGACUACGCGCGCUUCAACCAGAACAUUGACGCGGCGUUCACCGCACAUGUCGGCCUCAUGGCCUACGGACUUCCUCUGGAUCCUGCAACCGCUAAUAUAACCAAAGCGGAAUUUGUCAACCGUGCUGGUGUUAGGUCGUGGGAAGAUUUUAAAAUGGUUGGUGAGAUGCGAGAGACGAUGAAGAAGUCUUUUGAGAAAACGCUGGGGGGUCUGGCCAAGUUGUUCGUGAGAGAUACGACUGGACCGUUUCUGCUGGGACAGAAGGCUAGCUAUGCGGAUAUUAUCGUUGGUGGGUGGUUAAGAAUGGCUCGUGUGACGUUGCCAGCGAGUGAGUGGGAGGAGCUGAGAGGCUGGCAUGGGGGCGUGUUUGGUCAGUUGCAUGAUGCGCUGGACAAGUAUGCGGAAGUGAAAUAAAUGAUGUGGUAACUUAUAAAAUAAUAAUAAUUUACUUCUGGUCUGCA